AUGGAGCGGGGGAGCUGCCUUCCAGUGCCGGGGACCCUCUCGGGGGCCGGGGAUGUGAGCCCGCCCCUGCCUCUGGCCCCACAGGCACUCCCCCAGGGGGAGAGCCGGCAUGGUCCCAGGGGCUGGACAGGCCGAGGCUAUGGUCUGCUGCUGCUGCUGCUGCUGCCGCCGCUGGCCGCCGCAGGGGCUGUGGCCGGGGGACUGCUUGGCUUCGAGCAUGGGCACCCCAAGCCACUGCUACAGGUGCCCCAUGCGAGCCCGCUGCACCCCCCGGGUCCCCCAGCCAACCAAACUGCCCAGGUGGAUGUCACCCGCCACACCGCAACCAUCAGGGGGACCCCAGCGCAGAGCAACCGCAGCUGGGCCGUGCUGCUGGACGGGCGCAGUGGCUGCGUGUGCUACCGCCCAGCCGAGCACCCGGCCUGCUUCCUGCGCCGCAUGGAGCCGUGGGACCGUGCGACCCUGCAGCUGCUGCUCAACACCUCGGGGGUAAGCAGCGCCCACACAAAGGGGCCUGCCCCCCGCCACACCCGGGAGCUGCUGGAGGUGCUGGGGAACCGCCGUGUGGACCCUGCCCAGGCUGGGGCGGCUGUGCGGCACCUCUGCGCUGACACCCCCGUUUACUGGGCCCGGCGAGCAGAGGGGCCCCAGGAGCUGCGGCUGGUCUAUCUCUGCAUCGACAUCUGCUUCCCGAACAGCGUCUGCGUCUCCGUGUGCUUUUAUUACCUCCCGGACUGAGCCGGGCGGCCCA